AUGAAAACCAGGGUCCAGUUCUCUACAAUUUUUCAGAAACCUGUGCAUGAGAGUCUGGUAUUCAAUUUUUUUCAGGCUGCAGAAGAUGUCAAUGUUACUUUUGAAGACCAACAAAAGAUUAACAAAUUUGCACGGAAUACGAGUAGGAUCACAGAGCUGAAGGAAGAAAUAGAUGUAAAAAAGAAACAACUCCAAAACUUAGAAGAUGCUUGCGAGGACAUCAUGCUUGCAGAUGAAGACUGCUUAAUGAUACCUUAUCAAAUCGGUGAUGUUUUCAUUAGUCAUUCUCAAGAAGAAACACAAGAAAUGUUAGAAGAAGCAAAGAAAAAUUUGCAAGAAGAAAUUGACACCUUAGAAUCCAGAGUGGCAUCCAUUCAGCGGGUGUUAGCAGAUUUGAAAGUUCAGCUAUAUGCAAAGUUUGGGAGCAACAUAAACCUUGAAGCUGAUGAAAGCUAAACAUUUUAUAAUACUUUUAAAAUUUGUUUAAUAAACUUGAAUAUUGUUCAAAUGAUAAUUUUUCUUUUUCAAAUGAUAUGGAAAGCAAAACUUUCUUUUUUCAAAAAUUUUUCAUUUAUUUAAUGGAAACUUGCCUAUUUUCACAUGUCUUGCUUAUUUAUUUUAUAUUUUUAAAAGAAGACAGUAUUCAUCUAUGUAUUUUGCAUAACAAUUCUAUCAAGUGUAGGGGUUUUAUGUCAUGUUAUUAAAAUCAGUUAAGCAAUCUUUUUUGUUUCUAGAUUAUCAUUUAGAAUAUCUGUUGCAAUUUUUAUCUGAAAAUUUAACAGUCCUGUUAUGUUGUUUAUAUGUAUCUAUUUCAGUUGCUUCUUAGAGAUGGCGAAAGGACUCCAGAAAGAUCUAAUCUUACACCUGUCUACUCAUUUCACACCUGAAACUUGUCAUACGGAAAAAUAUGUAUAUAUUUUAUUUAAAUACAUGCAAUAUAUAUUAUAUCUAAACAUAUAUUUCACUUAUCUCUUACAUAUAAGUGUCAUAGGUCUUUGGAAAAGAGCCAGCUAAUGCUGAGACUUGUUGAGCUUCAUACAAACAGAGCAGAACAACAGAAGAAUAUUCUAGAACCUGAGAGAUGUAUCAAUAGGAAUGUUUAGUGUGUUUUUAAAAUUAUGUUUCAGACUGUUUCGGUGCUUUGUAAUUAAUUGGGGUUUAUAUUGAUAAUGAUGUAGAAGUUAAGCAGCUGUGUGUUUAAAAAUAAGGCUUUUUUCUUAAAUAAAGAGUACAUUUAUCCCCUA